AGCGAACGCACAUGUACAAAAUUAAAGAUUAAACCCACUACUUUUCUCAAUUCGCAACUUUUCUUCCUUCUCAUCACCAACUCCAACACCUUCGACCAACAAGCUGAUAGCAUUUGCAUACCAGCAACAUCAGUCAAGAUGCCGUUCAACAAGGUGGUCAAGAGCAGCUCCUACUACAGCCGCUUCCAAACCAAGUACAAGCGCCGUCGUCAGGGAAAGACCGACUACUAUGCCCGCAAGCGCCUGAUCUCCCAGGCCAAGAACAAGUACAAUGCACCCAAGUACCGCCUAGUUGUCCGAUUCACCAACCGCGACAUCAUCACCCAGAUCGUUACCUCCGAGAUUGCUGGUGACAAGGUCUUUGCCGCCGCCUACUCCCACGAACUGAAGGCCUACGGUAUCGAGCAUGGUUUGACCAACUGGGCUGCUGCCUAUGCCACCGGUCUGCUUCUUGCGCGCCGUGUCCUCAAGAAGCUUGGUCUCGACGAGACCUUCGCUGGUGUUGAGGAGCCCGAUGGAGAGUUCACCCUGACCGAGGCUGCUGAGGAAGACGGCGAAGAGCGCCGACCUUUCAAGGCCUUCCUCGAUGUCGGUCUUGCCCGAACCUCCACUGGUGCCCGUGUCUUCGGUGUCAUGAAGGGCGCCUCUGACGGCGGUAUUCUCGUCCCCCACUCCGAGAACCGAUUCCCCGGUUUCGACAUGGAGAGCGAGGAACUCGACGCCGAGACCCUAAAGAAGUACAUCUAUGCUGGCCACGUUGCUGAGUACAUGGAGACCCUUGCCGACGACGACGAGGAACGAUACAAGAGCCAGUUCCAGAAGUACCUCGACGACGAUAUCGAGGCUGAUGGUCUUGAGGACUUGUACACUGAGGCCCAUGCCGCCAUCCGUGAGGAUCCCUUCAAGAAGGCCGAGAGCGAUGCUCCCCAAAAGACCAAGGAGGAAUGGAAGGCAGAGUCCAAGAAGUACAGGACUGUGAAGUCUACCAAGGCGGAGAAGGAGGAGAGAGUCAAGGCUAAGAUUGCCGAGCGCAACCAGGAAUAAGCUGCUGGUUUAGGAAAGGAAAAAAAGGUCGCUCCGCGUUUACGGUUGUCUUCAGGCAUCGGAGUUUAUAGGAAUGGCUCAUUGACAGGUCACUAAACGAAUUAAUGAAGUUUAUGCACCGUCAA